AUGCAUAGAGACGCCCACAAAUUCAUUGCGCAAUGUGAUAGAUGUCAAAGGAGCGGAGGCAUUACCAAGAGGGACGAAAUUCCCCAACAAAGUGUUUUAGAAGGUGAGCCAUUUUAUGUAUGGGGAGUGGACUUUAUGGGGCCUUUCGUUUCUUCUUGUGGAAAUCUAUAUAUCUUGGUAGCGGUUGAUUAUGUGACGAAAUGGAUUGAAUCCAUACCCUCACCUACCAAUGAUCACAAGGUUGUGCUUAUGCUUCUAAAGAAGAUCAUUUUUCCUAGGUUUGGGGUUUCGAGGGUGCUAGUUAGUGAUGGAGGCUCCCAUUUCUCCAAAAAGCAAUUUAAAGCUCUUCUCAAGAGGACGGCGUACAAGACUACAAUCGGCACGACCCCCUAUAGGUUGGUCUAUGAAAAGGCUUGUCACUUGCCGGUUGAGUUAGAAUACAAGGCUUGGUGGGCCAUAAAAGAGCUCAAUAUGGAUUUAUCGUUGGCCGGUGAGAAGAGAUUGCUUAAGCUCAAUGAACAUGAAGAGCUUAGAGAUGAUGCUUAUGAGAGCUCAAGGUUAUAUAAGGAGAAGACCAAAAAGUGGCAUGACCAACAUAUUCGAAACAAGAACUUUAAGGUUGCAGACAAGGUUUUUCUUUUCAACUCAAGGUUUUGUUUGUUUUUGGGUAAACUCAAAUCAAAGUGGUCGGGUCCUUUUGUGAUAUCAAAGACUACUCCUUAUGGCUCCUUUGAGUUAGAUGCGGAUGGUAACAAGUUUAUGGUUAAUGGUCAUCGUUUAAAGCAUUACUUUUGCAAGGAAGAAAUUGGUAUCAUCGAAUGUAUAAUGCUUGAUCCUUUGGAUCCCAAGCCUCCCACUUGA